AUGGGGAAUGCUCUGAUAGAAUAUGAUAUGACCAUAAUGGAGUAUCCUUGGCACUAUGAGGAUUGUCCUUUGCUUCCAAUGGAGGUGAUCCACCACUUUCUUCUUAGAUCCGGCAGCACUAUAGUGGUGAGGCAAGCUCUUCGCGAGCUUUUGCAUUUUCUGUCCCCUCUGAACACCAUCUCUUCUCAGAUAAGGCGAGCUUCUAUGUUCUAUAAUACUUACAUGCAAGUGAGUGCCAAGAUAUUCACUAUUCAUGAAAAGCUUCAAGAAAUUAUUUUUGUUUCUGCUGCUGAGACGUUCUUAAUUUUGUGGUUACCUUCAGAAAUAUAUGCUUCUGUUCUGUGUUGUUGGGACAUACCUGCUUCUCAAAGCUUCCAUUAG